ACGCUUAUGUUGGAUUUGCAAUUGGGCUCCUUUCUGGGCCUCAGUUUCUCUUUUAGGUCCUUUCCAGGCCCGUGGCAAUAGUAACAACCUCUGGUGUUCCUGUAGGGAGGGCUUUACGACCCGCUCUUCUUUGAGCCACAUCUCCACCUUUACGGGGGCACGAAAGAUAAUCUCCCUCGGCGGGGGAGAAAACGAACAGAGCAGCGCUGGAACCGCAGGCGCCGGCCUCCGAAGAGCGAGUCUCUUUAAGAGCCUCACCCCACGCCAGCAGACUUCGAAGGGGCGUGAGCAGCGAGGCCGGAAGAGCGGACGGGGCACGGGUCCCAGGAGCAAGCCCUUUGCCCCGGGCGCGGCUGCUGGAGCCCGGGGACUGCAGCAUGGCGGAGGCGGGGGCCCCGGGGCCCAUCUGCCGGUUCUAUCUGGAGGGGCGCUGCCACUUUGGGGCCCGCUGCCGGCUCCCCCACCCCGGAGCCCAGGCUGAGCCUCAGCCGGGACCGCAGUCGGGGCCCGAGGGCAAGAAACCCUCCAUGAAGACCGCCCAGGCUGUGAUCGACCGCAUCCGCUGGGACCCUCACCUGGACCCUGGCGACUUCUCCGUGGGUUACUUGGACCGCUUCCGAGGCGUGCAGGAGGAGCCCUUCACCGCCUUCUGCUGGGACGAGGAGCUGGCUGCGCUCGGCCCCGGGGUGAUGGCCGUGCCCCAGCACCGCAUCCGCUACUUCCGGCACCGCGGCCGCCUCGUGUGGGACCGCGCCUCCCGCACCGACCUCGUCUUCGGCUCGGCAGAGGGCCGUGGCACCACCAUCCUGGACGGGCUCGCCGCAGCCGGCGCCCCGGGGGAAGACGGCCCGCCAGGGAUAGUAUCCAGCGCCCUGGAGGACAGCCGGCUAAGGUCGGAGUCUCUCUGCCCCAGCAGCAGCACAGAGCCAGAGCUAAAGACCAAGCAUAGUACUUCAGCCCACCAGGGGCUCCGUCCCACCCAUUUCGUGGCCCUAAUGAUAACUGAGCCGGAGCUUCGGGAAGCAGUGGCCAGGGCCCACGCUCGCCUGAUAGAAGCAGAAGCCUCCAUGGGCAGCAGCCUGGUGGGCCUCGACGCCCUCCACCUUACGUUGGUUUUGCUUCGCCUGGCAGGUCCAGGGGAGGUGGCCGCAGCUGCUCGGGCACUAAGAUGCCUAGUCCGGGUGCCCAGCUUCCACUACCCAAUGGCACUUCAUUUCCAGAACCUAGCUUGCUUGGACCACAGAGUGAUCUACUCCAUCCCAAGCCCUGACCUGGAGGACUUGGCCCACACCCUGGCGCAAGGGCUGAAGGCGGAAGGGUUUCAGGUCAUGGAGCCCUCUGCAGAGGAGUUAGGCCCUCACCUCACUUUGGCCAAGCUGCCUAGGGGGACCCCUGGGCACCUGUCCCUGCCAGAGGCUGAGGAGGGGGCAGAACUGGGCAGCCAAUCAGUGGAAGGGUUUCAGCUCUGCUCCCUAAGGGGGCUGCAAGGGGCUAGGGGUUGCUAUUCCGUAUUAGCCCAGGUGCCCCUAGGCCCCUCCACCCAGCCCAGAGCUCUCAGCUAGAACCUGGCCUAUCAGCCCCGCAGGAGGAGGCAGACUGCUCCAAACAAAUGGGUACUUCCUUCCCUCUCCUCCUGCCUCAGUGGCACCUGGGCAGUGCCCCUGAGAUGAGGCCUACAGCAGCAAGGGGAAAAGAAAGGACACCCACAAGUGUUUGUUCAUUCUCUCUCUCUCUCUCUCUCUCUUCUUUUUUUUUUCUUUAAUUAACUUUCUUAUUUUUUUUUUCCCAAACCGUGCUCAGCACUCCUUGGUUGCAGGGAAGGAGGGAGGGAGGAAGGAAGGAAGGCGGGGAAGGAUGGUGGGGAGGAAGGGGGAAGGUCAGAGGGAACAGGAACAUCUGGAAAGGAGAGGCAGCCUGACAGUCCAGCUGUUUUCUAUCUCAUUGCACAUUACUGAGUUACAUGGCAGAAAAGGAGGGAAAGAAGGGUUUGAAAAGAAAGGGGGAGGGGAAAAUAAUUUAAAAAAUAAAA